AUGCCGUCAAGAAUGCAAGAAGUCGUGUCCUGUUGUGCGCAGCGGCAAGCUUUGCCAAUGCCGAGGCCCGGAAAUGUGCUUGGUCUCGUCGGAACAAACGGUAUCGGAAAGAGUACUGCGCUUAAGAUCCUCAGCGGGAAACUGAAGCCCAACCUGGGAAGAUACGACAACCCGCCGGAUUGGGAAGAUGUCAUAAAAUACUUCAGAGGCUCGGAGCUGCAGAAUUACUUCACCAAGCUACUGGAGGACGAUCUCACAUCUGUUGUGAAGCCCCAGUACGUCGACCAGCUGCCUCGGGCCAUCAAGGGCACCGAGAAGAGUGUCAAUGCUCUCAUCAACAAGCAGAGGCAGCUUGACAAUCUGGAUGAAGUCCUCGACGUCCUAGAGCUGCGACACAUCUACGAACGUGAUGUCACCAAGCUGUCUGGUGGCGAGCUUCAGCGGUUCGCCAUCGGACUGACCUGCGUCCAAAACAAAGAUGUGUACAUGUUUGACGAGCCUUCCUCGUAUCUCGAUGUCAAGCAGCGUCUGGCCGCGGCCAGGAUGAUCAGGUCGCUAUCCAAACACGACAACUAUAUUAUCGUUGUCGAGCACGAUCUCAGCGUCUUAGAUUACCUUUCAGACUACGUCUGUGUCCUCUAUGGUCAGCCAGCAGUGUAUGGUGUUGUGUCUCUCCCCCACAGUGUUCGCGAGGGUAUCAACAUCUUCCUCGAUGGACACAUUCCGACGGAGAACCUGCGGUUCCGCGAUGAGUCCCUCACCUUCCGGAUUGCCGAAGCCUCUGAUCAGUUCGACAAUGACCAAACACGUGCCUUCACUUAUCCGCGCAUGGAGAAGACCUUGGGCGACUUCCACCUCGAGAUCGAUUCCGGCAGCUUCACUGAUUCAGAGAUCCUCGUCAUGAUGGGUGAAAAUGGUACCGGAAAGACCACGUUCUGUCGCCUUCUCGCCGGCGCUUUGAAGCCCGAUGGAACCGCGAAGGUACCAGAAAUGAAGAUCAGCAUGAAGCCGCAAACCAUCACGCCCAAGUUUGAGGGAACUGUUCGCCAGCUGUUCUUCAAAAAGAUCAGGGCCUCUUUCUUGUCUCCCCAGUUCCAGACCGAUGUCGUAAAGCCGCUCAAGCUUGACGAUUUCAUUGAUCAGGAGGUCAAGCACUUGUCUGGUGGUGAAUUGCAGCGUGUCGCCAUCGUCCUGGCCUUAGGUCUCCCUGCCGACAUUUAUGUUAUCGACGAACCAUCCGCCUACCUGGACUCCGAGCAGCGUAUCAUUGCCGCUCGCGUCAUCAAGCGCUUCAUUAUGCACGCCAAGAAGACAGCUUUCAUCGUCGAGCACGACUUUAUCAUGGCCACGUACUUGGCUGACCGUGUCAUUGUCUUCGACGGCCAGCCGGGUGUUGACGCCCAUGCCAACAAGCCCGAGUCUCUGCUCACCGGUUGCAACACCUUCCUCAAGAAUCUCGACGUGACUUUCCGCCGUGACCCCGUCAACUACCGUCCGCGUAUCAACAAGGGAGGCUCCCAGCUCGACCAGGAGCAGAAGCUCACUGGCAACUACUUCUUCCUUGAGGACAAUGACAAGGUCACUGCUUGA